UUAUCGGCUCCCGUUCGUGCCGGACCGCUCGUUGUAAUACAAUUGAUGUAAUAUCUAGCGUUGAACUGAAAACUGUCCGUAUUCAUUUCUGACUGGUACGUGAGCGCUGGCAGACAACUGUGUAUUUUGAGUGCAACAGAACCGUUUUCUCUACGUCGUGAUGGCAGCGACACGUGCUGAUGUAUUAAAAAUGUACAAAAACAUGUUGCGGGAAAGCAGCAAGUUCUCAUUCUAUAACUAUAGGAUGUACGCGUUGCGACGUGUGAGGGACUCAUUCAGGGAGCAUAAAUCAAUGAGCGACCCCUUGGAAAUCCAACGAAACAUGAACGAAGCACAUAGGCUUUUGAACAUCAUCAAACGACAAGCAAUUGUGGGUGAAUUAUAUAAAUUUGAGAAGUUGGUUAUUGAAAUGCAGGGUGACAACAACAAACAUUAAUUUGUAGUAUUAUACUACAUUUGGAGAAAAAUUGUUGAGUGAAUUUUAAUUGACUGCGUUGAAUGCAAGUUUGACAUCCGAUUAUUGUUCCUAAUAUUUAAAAUUAGUAUAUAAUAUUGUGUUGUUUAUUGAUAUCGUCUCUCAUCGUGUAAGAUUUAAUUGUCAAAUUUAUAUUGAAAAUGUGUAAAAGAGAAAGUGGUUGGUUUCAUGAAAUGAUGUGUAGUAUAUUUUAUUUUUAUAUAAUGUUUAUGUUAAUAAAGAAAAGUAGAUAAAUUCAAUU